CAAUUUUCAGUGUUCGACACUUGUUGGCUUCCAUACUGAAUAUAACUAAGUAAAAGAAGUGUAAAACUACCUUCGAAGGCUAAGAUUAAAUUCCUGUACAUAAAAAUUGUGCCGAGACAGAUACAUAUAUACCUUUGGGAAAUAAGUGUGAGAUAAUAGUAGUGUCAGAUAUGAAUUUGGACCAAAGCUAUCUAAGAUCUAAAGUAACCCCCGAAGCACCGUAUACGACGCUGACUAAACUAUUAAAAAAGUGGGCAACUGUAGUACCAGAACAAGAAGCGUGUGUUUUGUAUAACUUUGGCAAGCCAAGAACUUCUAUCACCUAUGAAAAACUGUACCAGGAUGCAGUAUUGCUGGCAAAAGAACUUUUGCAGCUUGGAAUAAAUAAGGGCGACGUAAUAGCAAUACGUGGAAACAACACUAGAUGGCUUGUGAGUACGUUUGGUGCACAGGUUGCAGGAGCAUGCCCUUUACACUUCAAUUUUCAUGACAAAUCUGGAGAGAGCAUAAAAAGAAAUAUCAGCAAAGUCGGAGGAUGUAAACUGCUACUUUUUGAUCCUGGAGACAAUGACGUUCACUGGGAAAUAUGUCAAAAAUUCCUACAAGUGGAUCCCAAAACUGGCGUUGUUGUCGGCUCCGAUAUUCCAUCUGUAAAAUGGGUUGUGUUACAGACACCUCUGCAAUCUUCAGAGGCAUGUUUUACAAUAGAAGAUGUUUAUAGCAAGGAGAAUAUCAAGUUACCAGAAGUAGACCCAGAUGAUACGUGUGCUAUUAUUCUGACAUCCGGGAGUACAGGGUUACCAAAGGCUGUACAAUAUAGUCAUCACCGUAUUGUUGAAUCUGCAUAUAAUCUACUGCAUGCAGCUGGCUGGGAUGACAAAGAAGAUGGACAGCUUUCAUUGUAUAAUGAUCGGCCAUUUUACUGGUUAGGGGGAUACCCGAGCAUAGCUUUUCUAAGAGGAGGAAAACUUAUAACCCAGAAGAACACCCUUCUUUUUUCAAGUAUUGCAAAAGCUAUGGAAUACACUUCAAGUAUUAUAGAGGAAACAAGGCCCAAAGUCGCCAUGAUUGUCGUUCCUUUCCUGAUGGAACUACUGAUGUCAGGAGAUUUUUCUUGGAAAAUUCGAACAGUUAUCACAGGAGGUCAGCCUGUUCCAGCCUCUUGCUUGGCAGCCAUCGGGAAAAGAUACGACACGCUUUUUGUUAUAUACGGCUCAACAGAAGUUGGUUUUAUAGCUGGAAAGCUGUAUACUUCGCCUGAUGACAGAUACAUUGGUCUAUCGCCGUUACCUGGAGUGGAAAUGAAAAUUGUAGAGAAGGACGGAAUGAUGGUUCCCUUUGGAUCGAAAGGAGAAGUGCUUUCACGCAGUUGUUUACCAUUCCCAGGUUACAUCAAUGAAGCUGAAAAAACCGCGGCUGUUAUUACUCCUGCUGGAUGGUAUAAAACAGACGAUUUCGGACAUAUUAAUUCUGCUGGUUGCCUUGAAGUAUUCGGCAGAGUAUCUGACGUAAUGGAAAUCUCUGGAGCUAAGGUUCUGCCAUCCUUUCUCGAAGAAAUUAUUAAAAGGAAUCUCAGUGUUAAGGAAGUGGUAGUCUUCUCCAUAAAAGACGAAAAACACUUUGACGACAUUCCUUGUGCAGCUGUUGUUAAAAAGGACGGGGUGACCUUGACUGAGGAAUCCCUCAAAGAUUUUAUCAAACAAGAGCUCAAUGUUUCCGAGGAAGCUAUAUUCAUGGAACAUAUUUAUGUACCGAAGUACAUCGUGUUCCACGAGAAGCUACCGAAAACUUCAACUGGUAAAAGCGAUAGGAAGAUGACAAAGAGCGUUUCUUUACCAUUCAUCAAACAAGCCUAAAUGAAAUGUAAACGAGAUCUAAAACAAGAUACUAAUAGCUAGGAAUAACCAAUGCACUAGACUUGAAAGACUCUUACAAAGCUGUACAUAUUUUAUUGAUGUAGUAAUCACAUACAUACGCAUAUGGUCA